UCCGGCCUCGGCGUCCCGAUUGGCUCGGGCGGGGAGGUCGGCAAGGUCAAGACCCCCUCGGCGCCUUCUUCUGAUCCGCCUGCCGCGGUCGGGCGGCUGUCCAGACGCGGGUUGCGGGGCGUGGCGGGGGCAUGCUGGCCAGGCGGCGGGGCGCUAGGGGCAGCGCGCGGGGGCCGGGGCAGCGCCCGGCCCGGGGCGCCCGGGGGCCGGAUGGCGGAGCCCACGCGCGCCGCGGAGCCGGGGAGAUUUGCGCUCCGCUCGCCGCGCUGCAGGGAGGGCGAGGUGCCAGGCGCGAGCGCCCAGAGACCCAAAAGGAAAGCUUUUUAUUUGCUGAGGAUGAAGUCCCUGAAGGGGCCCGCCCCCAACAACAACAACAACGUGUCCUUUGUGAUCCACUGUCAACUGGGCAAGGAGAUCAAACACAUUUGCAGCGACUGCAGUCGUGGGGAGGACGCCCGGGACGCUGAGGAAGUGGAGAGGCUGGCGGCCAUGCGUUCUGACUCCCUCGUCCCAGGCACCCACACCCCACCCAUCCGGAGGAGAAGUAAGUUUGCCAACCUAGGAAGGAUCUUCAAGCCUUGGAAAUGGAGGAAGAAGAAAAGUGAAAAGUUCAAACACACAUCUGCAGCCCUGGAAAGGAAAAUAUCCAUGAGGCAAAGCAGAGAGGAGCUGAUAAAACGAGGGGUCUUGAAGGAAAUCUAUGAUAAAGACGGGGAGCUCUCCAUAUCGAAUGAAGAUGACUCCCUGGAAAACGGGCAGUCCCUGAGCUCCAGCCAGCUGUCUCUGCCCGCCCUGUCCGAAAUGGAGCCAGUCCCGAUGCCCAGGGAUCCCUGCUCAUACGAGGUGCUCCAACCUGCCGACAUCAUGGAUGGGACAGUGUCCGAAGAGAGUCCCUCUGCCAGUGAGUCUGCAGCCCUCCUGUCCCAAGAUCCUUCAGCCAAACCAGUCCUGUUCCUGCCCCCCAAAAAACCUGCUGCUUCCCCCGGAGACCACGAGGACACCCCCGUGAAGCAGCUCUCUCUCCUCAAGCAGCCCCCCGCCCUGCCUCCCAAACCCACUGCCAGGAUUGGCAACCACUUACCAGAUCCUGGCGCCCCCGUGAAAUUGCCUUGCCUGCCAGUGAAGCUGUCGCCUCCGCUACCUCCAAAGAAAGUCAUGAUCUGUAUGCCUGUGGGGGGGCCAGAGCUCUCCCUGGCGUCCUACGCUGCCCAGAAGAGUGGCCCGCAGGGGGGAGCCCAGCACCACCACACCGUCCUGCCCUCCCAGAUCCAGCAUCAGCUACAGUACGGCAGCCUGGGCCAGCACCUCCCCUCCACCACCGGCUCCCUCCCCCUGCACCCCUCCGGCUGCAGGAUGAUCGAGGAGCUGAACAAAACGCUGGCCAUGACCAUGCAGAGGCUGGAAAGGAAAGAGCUUGAGCGCAUCCCAGAGGAGCUGGGGAGGAUGGAGGUGUGGGUGGUAUGGGAGCCCCCGCUGUCACUGCUGCUGCCCACCCGUGUUCCCCCCUGCCCUGGCGGGGAUGGAGAGAUGCUGCUGGGGCACGUGGCGCACCAGCCCAGUGAGUCAGGGAUGGACUGUCACGACGCCCAGCUCUGCUCGGGGCUCCCCAUCCUGCCCCGGAGCCAGGAGUCGCUGAGCAUCCAGACCUCGGUGACCAGGGUGCUGCAGGAGGUGGGAGGGAGCCUGACCUCUGGGUCUCUUUCCCUCCCUCCUCCACCUCCAGUGUUCCUGGAGCUCCUCACCCUCAGAAUCGUCAGCGCUCGCUGCUGCCCUGCUGGUGAUACAGCCCUGCCCUCAGUGUGGCUUGGAGCCUGCUGGGAGCACACCCUGGGCAGUCACUACCUGCCAGGGCGCAGGAGGUGGGGGGCAUCCUGGGGAGCAGGGCAGGGGGUCCGCUGGUAG